AUGAUGGCCGCUCCGGAGGAAACGCUCCCGCUGAGGGUGAGCGUCAACGGUGACGGUCCCGGGAACCACGACGGGCACCACGGGAAGAAGCUGGCCCUGGGAGCGACCGUCGCCUACCUCUUGGUCUUCGCGUUGAUAUGUUUCCCAGCCGUGGUCCCCCUGUGGCACCCCACCUACUACGCCGAGCUUGGCGCCGAGCAGAGGGGUUGGACCUGGCUCGGCGCCAACGCCCUGUGGCUCGCGCUGGCCCUGCUGUGGACCCUUCUGCACCUCGACAACGGACCGUGCGUCGCGACAGCCUGCCUUCUCUGCUCCGUCUUGUGGUUCUACCUCAGCCUCGUGCUCCUCUCUCAGGCGUGCAGGGGGCAGUUGCCGCUCAUGGCCAUCGCCGACGCGCUCGUGCACUUGACCAUGCUGAUCGUGUGCUUCCGGGCGGCCUGGGUAGGCGUGGCGAAGAAGUCGCAGAAGGCGAGGUCCGACGGCAGCUCCACGUGGAGACGGGUGCUUCGAAAGUGGGCGCUGGUGUCCGCUAGCGCCACUCUUUUCGCCGCUUUCCUGGGAUGCUGCUCGAGCAGUCUUCCGCUGAUCCCGCCGGUUUCGGAGAGGGAGUCGGCCCCCUGGGAAUGGAACUCCGCUAUACUCUUCGCCAUGACCCUGGCGGUUCUCUGGGCGGCGUUUCUCACGCGGGGCGGGCUUGUUGACGAGACGAAGCGGGCAGCCUGCGCCUGGAUUGCCCUCUCCUUUUCCGGCAGCUUCGUGCUGUGCUCGUUCUCCUGGCAAGCACUUGGGCUGGACGCGCGCAGCGUUACCACGUCGGUGGUUCUUGCCGUAGAAACCGCCGUCCUCGCGGCGGCUGCUGUGGUUUGA